CUCACCCGCAUUCCAUUGCUCUCUACUCGCAACCUAUUGCACCCAACGUCGCUCUAGAGAGAGCUACGUGAUAGUUAUGAGCCCGGUUAGCGCUCCAAGGUGCUCAAUGGCUUAGUGGUUGGGUUUACUCAAUUAUACAAAUGAGUCCGCCCUAAUAACCCUUAGCCAACCGACAAAGGAAAACAACCAUGUCAGACGACACGAUGCCGAUGGAUCCUGGUUCGCCCAAGGGCGACCCGCCCGCGAUGGCCAUGCUGCCACCGGCCCUGGCAAAUUCGAGAGCCGCGCAUGAUAAAGCACGACGCAUCUCGACAGAGUUGCGCGUGGAAUUCGAACCACUGUCUCAGUCGUAGAAUUUAGGCGUCUACGUUUUACGCAACAGACUAUUAGUUGCUAUGAGUCUUGGCUAGUGCAGGCUGUUCGAUCCUAUAUCGACUUAAAUUUACCCAUUGGUAGGGUGCAGACGAACUAGAAGUGGUUGUCUUCCACUUGUCAAGAUUCUACAACAGCCCCAUUACGGAAAACACCGCAGCCACACGCUCUGCAAACCCUUCUUCUUCUCAAUUUGAGUCUCUCUCCUCAGAGUGCCCCACGGAAGCUGAGUACUCAUCACCAAUAGCCCGCCAUGCAGAUGACUGAGAAAACUUUGAUAUUAGAGACGCAGAAAUCCCAGUGAUCAGUCAGCGCAAUAUGAAGUUGGAUCUUGUUUCUCCUACAACACCGCGGCUCCAGAUCGAUUCGCAACCGCCACCGCUGCCUAGGAAGAGAGCUCGGGAGGCCACUUCAGAAGAACCCACUAGCUCGCAGCAAAGUGCUCACGCAUCACUCACACCAUCGCCAAACCCGCAGAUUGCAAGUGACAGCAUCAGCGGACAAUAUCAGUUCUCAUUUUCGCGAGUCAGGUCUGCGAGUCCUUCUGACUUUGGCGAAGACCUCUGUGCUGAGGACGUAUCGCACGUUCUUAUCAAGGCACGUCCUCUCUCGGAUGAGAAUGUUUCGGAGCGGCUUCUGGAGCUGAUCGUGUUGGCGAAAAGGGCCAAAGACCUAGACGUCCUGAAGAUCGGCCCUUGGAAACUUUCUCACUCUGCACUAAGUGUUCUGUAGGAGCCUCAAUGAUUCCGAAUUAGUCUUAUAUAUGGCUUGCUUUCUGGAGCAGAGAUAGGCGUCCGAGGCUCUCCGGUCAGAGGAUAGGAUACGUUGAUGGAGUGGACAAAAGAUGUUUUAUGAGGCAUCAUAUCCUACAUAUAUAUAUUAUUUUGUUCGAUAUCAAUGCAGGCCUCUAUACCUGUCUAGGACGUAUAAUACCCAC